AUGGCUACUGCUUUUCCUUCUGAUGAUGGGGACCAUCGUAAUGACUUUGACUCAUCAACAAGAGAAUCUGAUGAAGUCAGAUCAAUGCACUGUGAAGACUGUGAAAAAGAUUUAGGGACUUUCAUCACAGCCAAUGGAUUUUGCGUUCUGUGUUAUAAAUUUUUGUGUUCAACAUGUGUGAGAUACCACAACAAACAGUUUCCAAAACACAAACUGCAAGACAGCUCAAUCAUGCCACAAGAUUACUGUUUUGACAAAUGUCCAAAGCAUCCAAGAGAAAUUCUUAAAUUUUACUGCAACAACUGUGAACUGGAAAUUUGCUCACAAUGCAAAGUUGAGGAUCACAGUUGGAUUCAAUGCCUUGAGGUUUUUCAUAUUCCUACAAGUCUGCAUUCUGACCAGAUGACUAAUGAACUAAAGGAGGUUACUCAGUCUAUGGGCAUUGCUUUUGAUAAACUAGCUGUAAGAAGGGAAAAUACUAAAAGAAAUUUGAUCAGAGUACAAACAAAUAGAGAUGAAGUUGAUGAAGCAAUAGAAUCACACAAAUAUGACCUAAUAUAUUAUACUAAUGUCAAAUAUAAAGAAUGGCUUCAACACAAAGAAAGGGAACAAUCUGAAGAAAUCAAAGCCUAUGAAAAACGAAGAGCUGAAAUAAUUGCCAGGUUAGAUAAAGAAAAAGAUGAUCUACUUGAAAGGCAUCAGAAAGAAGACAAUUCAUUGAAAGAAAAGCUAAAGAAUCACAAAGCUGAAAUACUGCAACAAAUUGACACUCAAGCACAGAACUUGCACAAGAUGAAAGAAAAUGAUGUUCACAAACUUGAACUUGUUUUAUCAGAUUUUGAUAAAGCCGAAGCUAAAGUUAAAGAACUGGAAAUGACUAUUGAAAAGAACAAAAUAACUGGUGAAAAAUGCAAACUUUUUGUUGCUGUGAAAAAAGUUAUAUCAGAAAUGAAAAGGUAUAAUUUGUCAGAGGAUAAAAACUUCAAUAAAGAAAGCGAAAUUGUCAUCCAUCAGUUCCUAAAGAAAAAUAAUAAUAUUAAUUUACGGUUUCCAGAAAAUGAAAUUUCUUUUGGUUAUCUUCAGGAUCUAUCUAAAACAAUAGUACGUUUUGUACAAGAAGACGAAAUUCAAUUAAAACCAUGCAGCAAAGACAAUGUCAUUGGAUAUAAAAUGUGUAAAACUAGAGAUCAUUUAGUAAUUGUUGAAGAGGAGAAAUUUGACAUAAAGCUGGUAAAUUUGAGAGACAAAAAUGUGAAAUCUUCAAUGCCUCUUCCUCACAAGCCGUAUGAUGUGACAAAUGUAGAUACAAAUGAUUUUGCUACAACAUUGACAUCUGCCAAGAAAAUCCAGGUUCUGACCAUAACAAGGCAAGGAGACCUUUCACUGGUCAACAACAUUCAUAUUGGCAAGGAAUGUUAUGGUAUUGGCUACAUGAAGCCAUAUCUUAUUGUGGCAUGUCAACAUCCAGGAAGUGUUGAAAUUUUACUUCGGAAUGGGGUCCACAUAAAAUCAUUGAUAAACUUUAAUAAUCCUCUACAUGUAUUGGUAGACCAGAACAAUUGUGCAUUUUAUAUAACAGACAAAAUCAACCCUAAAACAGAGACUAUCAAAAAAAUAAAUUAUUCAUUGAAGAUUGAAACUGUCAGUGAAAAACUUUAUUGUUCACCAAAUAAUCAUAGCAGUUUAUUUGUUGAAAACAACGGGUUUGUCUAUAUGUUUGAAAGUCAAGCUUAUCUUGGUUUUUUGAAAGAGGGAGGAAAACUUUUUUUCAAAUUUUCCAAAGACUUGCAAAGAAAAGCAAGCAUAGACUCAGAAAUGUUAACAGAUCAAAUUGUAGGUACUUUCUUUUGUAGAGAAGACAACAAACUUUAUGUGGGAAACACACAGGGCGAGAUAAGUAAAUGGAGCAGUAUAUCAUUCUUUUCCAGGAACUCUUAGGGAUUUUUUUUAAAGAUGGAAUAUGAACAUUAAAAGAUAUGAAAAAAGGCCAACAAAAUAUUAUAGAAACAAUAUUUUGUUGUAUCUUAUAACCCUACUUGAUCUAAUCCGUUUUGCCCUUUAAAUCAUGUGCCAAACUCAAAACCUCUGAAAAAUAUAUAAUACUCAAAAUAAAAUAAAUAGUAACAGUCACAAUGGAUUCCCAUGGCCAAAACAUAUGAAAUAUGUUAUAACUGAACUCUGGAUUAUAUAUUUUGUCUUGUAAGAAAAGGUAAAAGCAGUAGAUUAGUCUUUAGUUCAAACAUAUUUUAAUAUUUGAAGUUGAUUGCCAAACAUGUUCUUGCACAUUAUAUUAAUCAUUUUCUAGUCCACUUCCUGGAACUAACCAGCCCUGGUGUCAUAUGAAGAAACAUGGUCCUUGGAAUAAGAGGUAGACACCUUAACCACUAUAGGUCACCACUCCUGAAAAAGUUACCAAGCCAAUUUUAAACUAGAAAUGUGUCCAUAGGACACUAAUAUGUGCCCCCCAUCCCACAUCAUUUAGCUUUAACAGUGUCAUAUUUACAUAUAUUUCAUCAAGAUACUAUAAGGUCUUAUAUCAAUAAGUAAUUUUUUUGUGACGUGAAAAUACACUGGCACCCUAUUAUAAUAGGUUCAUUUGAAGUUCUCAACAUGUGAUAUUAACAUGUUAUAAUGCUCACCUUGAGAUCAGAUUGUUAGCAGGUAGAAUUUUAUCAUUUACCCCAAUCCAGUCAAUUAAAGGAAAAGAAUUCUAUAAGACUUGGCUUUCAUUCUCAUCCUUUUCCAUUGUGUAAAAAUAUUGUGUUUGUU